UGAUAAGUGUCGCGUACCUAUUUAAACGCCCGAAUCCAGCACUGUAGCAUCACAUAUAUAUAAUCAAUAAAAGAAAUUCCAUUACUACCAGCAUUGCCCACACAUAGAGAUGUUGAUGUUAUUCUUUAGAAAACAGGUAUUAGUCUCUGUGUUAAUAUCUUGCAUUACAUUAUGUGAAUGCAAAACAAAUAAUACUCGACAAGAUGUAAGAAGAUUUCCAACAGGAUUUUUGUUUGGCACAGCUACAGCCUCUUAUCAGAUUGAAGGAGCCUGGGAUGCAGACGGAAAAAGUGAAAAUAUUUGGGACCAUCUAACUCAUACGGAACCAUGCGCCAUAAGAGACUGUUCAAAUGGAGAUAUCGCUGAUGAUUCUUACAAUCUGUACAAAAGGGACAUACAAAUUAUGAGAGAAUUAGGAAUAGAUUUUUAUAGAUUUUCUCUCUCAUGGACUAGGAUUUUACCCACUAGCUUUCCUAACAAAAUAAAUGAGGCGGGCGUGACAUACUACAAUAAUUUAAUUAAUGAGAUGCUGAAAUAUAAUAUUGAGCCAAUGGUGACUCUGUAUCAUUGGGAUUUGCCGCAGAAGCUUCAGGAACUAGGAGGAUGGACAAAUCCUCAGAUAGUGGAUUGGUACGGUGACUACGCUCGUAUUGCGUUUGAGCUUUUCGGAGACAGAGUUAAAUAUUGGAUAACAAUAAACGAGCCACGGGAAAUUUGUUAUAAUGGCUACGGCUCGGAUACAAUGGCACCUAGACUGAACAUACAAGGAGUAGCUGAAUAUAUGUGUGCAAAAAAUUUGUUAGUGGCACACGCAAGGGCCUACCAUAUCUAUGAUCAGGAAUUCAGGGCCAAACAAGAUGGAAUAGUCGGCAUCACAAUAAGCGCUGGAUACUCAGCGCCAGCAUCCGACAGCGAGGAGGACAUCAUUGCUGCUAAAGAUUCCAGCUUAUUUGAGUGGGGUCAAUAUGCCUAUCCAAUAUUUUCAGAAACUGGUGACUUCCCUCCAGUUAUGAAAGAGAGAAUAGCAGCUAAAAGUGCAGAACAGGGCUUUUUUAGAUCUCGCUUGCCUGAAUUCAGUCCAGAUGAAGUAAAUUAUGUGCGGGGAUCAUCCGAUUUCUUCGGAUUGAAUCAUUAUACAUCGAGUUACGUUUACAGAAAUGAAUCUGUUCAACCAGGGGAGUCUCCAUCUUUUUAUGACGACUUGGGAAUCGGCGGAUUUAUACUAAGUGAAUGGGAAGAUUCCGCUUCAAGUUGGCUGAAGGUGGUGCCAUGGGGUUUCUAUGAACUUUUAAAACAAAUAAAAGAAGAUUACAACAACCCUCCUGUCUAUAUAACAGAGAACAGGUUUUCAACUGGCGUCGGUUUGGAUGAUGACAGGCGUAUAUCGUAUUACAGGCAAUACUUGGAUGCAAUGUUAGAUGCUAUAGAUGAAGGAUGUAAUGUUCGAGCUUACACUGCUUGGAGUAUUAUGGACAACUUCGAAUGGAUGCAAGGAUACACUGAACGUUUCGGGCUGUACGAAGUGGACUACGAUAGUCCGGAACGCACGCGCACUCCGCGCAAAUCCGCCUUCGUAUACAAGGAGAUUCUACGUACACGAACUCUGGACUGGAACUAUGAACCCGAUACAAAUGUUAUGACUAUUGACGAAGGACAAUUCCUAGUAUUAAUAACUAAACAUGUUACGCUCUCUGAGAGUAAUACAAUCACUGGGGAGCGCAGUGGAAGACCAUUCCCAGAAGGUUUCUUAUUCGGCACUGCCACUGCAGCCUAUCAAAUCGAGGGAGCCUAGGACGAAGAUGGAAAAUCUGAAAAUAUAUGGGAUCAUCUCACUCACACAAAUCCUUGUGCAAUUGCGGAUUGUUCUAAUGGAGAUAUCGCUGAUGAUUCCUACCAUCAGGUAGAAAGAGACGUGGAGAUUAUGAGAGAGCUAGGAUUGGACUUUUAUAGGUUUUCUUUAUCUUGGUCUCGUAUAUUACCCACUAGUUUCCCUAACAAAAUAAAUGAGGCCGGAGUGGCGUACUAUAAUAAAUUAAUUAACGAGAUGCUUCAAUAUAAUAUUGAGCCUAUGGUUACGUUGUACCACUGGGAUUUACCACAGAGACUCCAAGAGUUAGGCGGAUGGGCCAAUCCAUACGUGGUCGACUGGUUUGCAGAUUAUGCACGCACCGCAUUUCAGCUUUUUGGCGAUAGAGUCAAGUACUGGAUUACUAUUAAUGAACCACGAGAAAUUUGUUACCAAGGAUAUGGUUUCAACACGAAAGCUCCUGGAUUGAAUAUUAAAGGAAUAGGAGAAUACAUGUGUGCUAAAAAUUUGCUUCUAGCACAUGCAAAAGCUUAUCACAUAUAUGACCAAGAAUUCAGAUCAUCGUAUGGAGGCACUAUUGGAAUUACUUUAAGUGCUUAUUGGUAUGAACCUGAGACAGAAAAGGACGCUGAGGCUGCUGAAGAUACUAGGCAGUUUGAGUGGGGACAAUAUGCACAUCCAAUAUUUUCUGAGACUGGCGAUUUUCCACCAGUGAUGAAAGAAAAAAUUGCCGCCAAGAGUGCAGCGCAAGGAUUCCUCAGAUCCAGAUUGCCUGAGUUUACCCCUGAAGAAGUAGCAUAUGUAAGAGGAAGCUCUGAUUUCUUCGGAUUAAACCAUUACUCGACUAACUUAGUAUACAGAAAUGAAUCUGUAAGCGAAGUAAAUGAUUCUCCGUCAUUCUAUGAUGACAUAAACGUGGUGACGUUCCAACCUAGCUACUGGCAAGGUGGAGUAUCACAAUGGUUAAAGAUUGCACCUUGGGGUUUCUUUAAACUAUUGAAAAAAAUCAAAGAAGAUUAUAAUAAUCCUCCUGUGUUCAUUACCGAGAAUGGGUUCUCGACUUUUAGUGGUUUGGUCGAUGACGACCGAAUCUAUUACUAUAGGCAGUAUUUGAAUGCUCUACUGGAUGCCGUGCAGAUCGGCUGUGAUGUUAGAGCAUAUGCAGCCUGGAGUUUAAUUGAUAAUUUUGAAUGGAUGGCAGGAUACACUGAACGAUUCGGGCUGUACGAGGUAGACUACGAGAGUCCCCAGCGCACGCGCACGCCGCGCAAGUCUGCGUUCGUAUACAAGGAAAUCAUACGCACCCGCACCGUCAGCUGGGACUACGAGCCUGACACUACCAUUAUGACCAUCGACGAUGGACAUUAAAUUUCGUAUUUUAUUUGUUAAAUGAAUACAAACAUCGUGUAUGAAAAUAUCUAAA